AUGAGCAAACUCAAGACACUAAAUAGACAAUUCAUAUCCAAUAUAGAAACUCACAAAGCAGUCACUGAUGCUAAAAGAAACCUAAUAUUAUCAAUAUUAAAAUCAACAACAACAAAACGUGAAGCUAAAAAUUACUUGACCAAAUAUCAAAAUCAAUUUGAUUUUAGUGAUUUGGAUUUCGCCAAUAGUAAUGAGAUUGUUCCUUUGAAUAGGAGGGAAAAUCAACGUGAGCUAUUUAUUCAACGAUUUUUGAAUCGUCAAAAUCCAUUUGUGAAUAUUUAUGAUGAAGAUGAUAGGAAAUUGAAAAAGAUUCCUUUGCGAUUAGCAAUUUUCAAAAUUAAAUUUGCCACGAUAACGAAUCAACAAUGGACAGGUAUAGCUGAGACGUUCAAGAGGUUAAUAAAUUUGGGAAUAUCACCAAUAAUUUUACUUGAUUUUGAUCAUUUACCUGAUAAUUCAUUCAAGAAUAAUGAGUUGUACAUCACUGACCAAUCGAAUAAAUUGUUGAAUCGUCUUGGGAAACCCGAGGAGGAAGAUGGUUUUCAAGUUAGUAUAUUGAGGUCCCUAUUUACGAAAAAAAAUGGCCAUCUUUCAAUAGACAGUUUGGAACUGAUAUUGAUCCCAUUAUACCAAGGCACAAUUCCAAUUCUUCAACCAAUUGCCUACAAUGUGGAUUCCAAUACCCAAGAGUUUCUAAAAAGUGAUUCAUUAUUAUUUGCAUUGUGCUCUGCAUUAGUCGAAAAGAGGACAACAAAUUUGUUAUCAAUUGAAAAAAUUGUCAUGAUUGACCAAUUGGGUGGUAUACCAUCCAUCGAACGAAACCAAACAAGUCAUGUGUUUAUCAAUUUAUCACAAGAGUACUCAGACAUUUUAUCCGAGCUCUUCAUUGGUCAUAUCAAUCCAAAAGUACGGGAUUUACACGUAUCCAAUUUGAAUAGUAUGAAUAAUAUUCUAAGCUUUAUUCGUGAUAGAUCAGGAAAUGAUGAAACUACAGGGAUUAUCACUACGCCUGAGAUUAUGUCUAUCAAUAAUGAUCAAUUAAAUCCUAUUAUAUACAAUGUGCUUACUGAUAGAUCAAUCAUUUCGUCGUCGUUGCCUAGUCUGAACAAACGUACUCCACAAGUAUCCACCACCAUCAUCAAAAAGGGGGUAAAUGUGCAGAUAUUCGAGCAAGACACCUAUACUGGUCAGUUCACAAUGGAGGACUUGUUCAAGGAUAAGUUAGUAGAUAAAUCCAAAUUGGUGGAAUUGUUGAACGACUCAUUUGGCAAAACUCUUCAAGUUAACGAAUACUUCAAACGCAUUGACAACAAUUUAGCAACAUUUAUAUUCGUUGGCGAUUACGAUGGAGCUGCGAUAAUAACAUGGGAGAAGGUGAAUGGUGACAACAACAAAAGAAUAGCAUACUUGGAUAAAUUUGCAAUCGCUAAACGUAACCAAGGACUUCCUGGUUUAGCCGAUAUUAUAUUCAAGAUUAUAUUACAAUCACAUUCACUGGAAUUAAUAUGGAGAUCAAGAAAAGUUAACCCAGUAAAUAAGUGGUAUUUUGAACGGUGUUGUGGAUGUAUGAGCUCUCCCGAAUCACAGUGGAAAAUAUUCUAUACCGGUGAUAUUUUCGAUAAGAGAAUUGAUCGAUUUAAGAGAAAAACUAUUCCCGCUGGUGUUAUUAAUGUGGGAGAGAAGCUAAAGGAGUAUUCUAAGAUAUGUGAAGGUAUUCCACCUUCAUUUAAAUAG